UGUACUUACGCAGAGUUCAAAUCUGUGCCCGCGACCGUUCCCGUUUCCGUAUCUUCACCCGCAAGUGGCUCUCAAGAAAGUUCAAACAGAAGAUGUUCUUUACAGCGUCUGUUGCAGCAUUGGCGUGGCAUCCCGAUACGAAGACCUCCCACAGAGGACGACAGAUUGCACGGAAAAAUUCAAUCGGUACAUAUUUCAAAACGUAGCAAUGGUGAGAUGAUGGGCUGUGCCUACGUCAGCUUCAAGUGCGAUGAGACCAUGGCCAGGGCAAUGAUUCAAGAUGACGAUAAUCGUCUUUUGGGCCGUGACGUCACUGUUGAUUGGCAAAUGCCCAAAAAACGAUGGCGAUGCUGGUGCUGAACCUUGAUUUAUAUUUCUACUCGAAUUAAGAAAAAAUUCAAAUGUCAUUUAUUUGA